CAAGCAUUGGUUGCUAGGUGUGGCUUCCUGCUAGCUUUAUAAAAACCACAAGUCGGCAGUCUGAUUCUUCCAGUCUGUACUUUUCCAGAGCAAAAAAGAGUCUUUCUGAGUUUGGAAAUCAAAAGAACCUUGAAACAACAUGGCUUUUGUGCAAGAGUUUCUGAAACAGGCCUGGUUUAUUGAAAAUGAUGAACCACAAUACUUGAAAAGUACUAAAAGUGGCUCUGCAGUUCAUGCUUAUCCUAGCUUCAAUCCAUCUGCUGAUGCUACUGCCCUGGAUAAGGCCAUAACAGCUAAAGGAGUUGAUGAAGCAACCAUCAUUGAUAUUUUGACCAAGCGCAACAAUGCCCAACGCCAGCAGAUCAAAGCUGCCUACCAGCAGUUAAAGGGAAAGCCCCUGGAAGAUGCUUUGAAAAAAGCACUUAAAAGCCAACUAGAAGAUGUUGUCCUGGGUAUGCUGAAGACUCCAGCCCAGUUUGAUGCUGAUGAGCUCAGGUACUCCAUGAAGGGUCUUGGAACUGAUGAAGAUAUUUUGGUCGAGAUUCUGGCAUCAAGGAACAACAGAGAAAUCAAGGAAGCCAGCAGAGCAUAUCAGGAAGCUUUUAAGAGAGAUCUUACCAAAGACAUUGUCUCAGAUACAUCUGGAGCCUUCCAGAAGGCUUUGGUUGCCCUAGCAAAGGGGGACCGUGAUGAAAAUCCUCAUGUGAAUGAAGAGCUGGCAGAUAAUGAUGCACGGGCCUUGUAUGAGGCUGGAGAAAGAAGAAAGGGGACAAAUAUUGAUGCUUUCAUUGAGAUCCUCACUACAAGAAGUAUGCCACAUCUCCGAAGAGUUUUCCAGAAAUACACCAAGUACAGCAAGCAUGACAUGAAUAAGGCUUUGGACCUGGAGCUGAAGGGAGACAUUGAGAAUUGCCUGACAGCAAUUGUGAAAUGUGCCACAAGCAAGCCAGCUUUCUUUGCAGAAAAGCUUCACUUGGCAAUGAAGGGUUCUGGAACACGCCACAGAACUCUGAAUAGGAUCAUGGUGUCACGUUCUGAGGUUGACAUGAAUGAGAUCAAAGGAUAUUACAAAUCAAUGUAUGGCACAUCCCUCUGCCAGGCCAUCUUGGAUGAAACAAAAGGUGAUUAUGAAAGUAUUCUGGUGGCUUUGUGUGGUGGUGACAACUGAGCUCCAUCUCUUUUGGAUACCCUCCAGCCUCUGCCUUGAGGAUAUCAUUCCUUUUAAACUCCAACUGUUGAAAUAUAUGUGUAUGUAAUGAAGGCGCUUAAACAGAGUAAUAGCCAAGUUAGGCUAUUGUUCAGUCUUGAUACCUUGAAAAACUGUAGCCUGGAAAAAUACUCUUUUUGUUGCUCUUAAUUUCCGUGGCAUUAUCUUCUUUUUUAAUAUUUAUCCUAAGCCAAAAAACAGCUAUGUUUGCUUUUACACACUUAGUCAAUGUAAAAGGUAAAGGAUGGGCCUGAACAGGCCUAAGUAACAUUCCAAAUAAAAUUAACCUGUGAUAUACA